AUGGGCUACCUGUACGAAGCAAUUGAUAGGGCAAAGGAGGCUAUUCAAGCCUCUUUUAGUGAUCAAAGAAAAUAUAAAAGAGUCUUUGAGAUCAUAGAUAAAAGGUGGGAUAGUAAGCUUCAUAGCCCUUUGCAUGCAGCUGGACUUGUUUUGAACCCGGAACUGUUUUAUGACAAUGAAGAAAGGAUACUAGGAGAUGAACCUUUGUGGAAUGGAUACUAUGAAUGUAUUGAGAAGUUGACACCUGAAGAAUCCGUGCAAGAUAAAAUCACAGAGAAAUUUAGUAUUUAUAGGAACGUUGAGCAACUUUUUGGAAAAAACAUGGCCAUUAAACAAAGAAAGACGAAGUCGCCAGUUGAAUGGUGGAAGCAAUAUGGUUAUUCCACUCCAGAUUUACUAAAGUUUGCCAUCAAGGUUCUAAGUCUGACAUGUAGCUCAUCCGGGUGUGAAAGGAAUUGGAGCGUGUUUGAGCAUAGGAACAAACUAACCUUGAAACGUCUCAAUGAUCUAGUCUUCAUUAAGCACAAUAGAACAUUGAGGCGUCGUUACAACGCUCGCAAUGUAAUUGAUCCAAUUAGUUUGGACAAUAUCGAUGAUGCUAAUGAAUGGCUAACUGGAGUCCCAGAAGAUCAUGCAGAUGAAGAAAUAUUUGAGGAUACUUUUGAUUUCACUUGGGGUGAUGUUGCGGAGGCGCAUGGAAUUGGGGAGAGGAUUUAUGGUUUGAGAGGGAGUACCUCAACUUCAAGUUCACAGAGGAAGGAAAAACAGGCAGCUACUUUGUCCCUAGUUGAUGAAGAAGAUGAAGUUGAAGAAGAUGACGAGCAAUAUAAUAAUGAUAGUGGAAUACAAGAAUUUGACAAUCUCGUAGAAGAAUAG